AAUGCUGGAUAAACAGGCCAAUGCAGCCGUCGAUAAUACGGAAUCGUGAGCCUUGAAAUCACCGGAGUAAUGUCUUGGCGACCACGUUCCCAUCCUCUCGCCAACAUCAUCUGAGCGGUGCAUCUACGGCAACCCUCAGCCCUCAGCGCGGUGCAGUGCCAGCAUGAGCUCCAGCGCUCCAAAGUUUGCCAGCUUCCGGCCGAAGCCCAAGGUACCCGAGCAGCCUCUGUCGGUUGAAUCUCGCCGCGAAGAGAAGGAGCAUAGAAAACACAGUUCAUCGAGGGAGAAGCCGCGGGAGGAUCGAAGGAGAACACCGCCACGCGAACAGCGGGAGCAUGACCGAGAUGCAUCUUCGAAAAGGGCCUAUUUCAGCGACCGCCGCGGGGAUCUCGACAUCGUCAAGUACGGGACGCUGAACCGCUACGACAUACCAAGCUAUCGACGCAGUGGCUUCGGCAAUGUGCUUGGGCUGCCCGGCCAGAAGAUCGACCGCGAAUACUCGACUGAAAAGAAAAUCUACAUCUUACCUCUUGUACGUCGGCGUCAAAAGCGGAUGCUCACCGACAAGUCCGCAGCAAGAGACAGCAACCGUACUCUGCGGCUUAUUAAGAUUGCAGAGGACCACUAUGCCGACGCAAGUCGUGACUUCAUUGCGCUGUCAGGCACCGGCAAACGGAAGCGAACUCCUGGCAGUGACAGCGAGGAUGAUGCGCCACGCGCAGACUAUCGUGGCAUUGACGAAAAGCCGGACCCCAAUAAAGUUGACGACGCGGAUACCUACUACGAGUCAGACACGGAGGCUGCAAUCGCCAGCUCUGAAAUUACGCAGAAGAAUUCCAGGCUCAUUCGAGAGACUCGAGAUGAUCCAGGAAACCUGCAGGCUUGGCUGGACCUCGUCGAACAUCAGGAAUCGAUGAUGAAGCUGGAUCGGGCGAUCUCUGAGCUCUCAGCGGCCGAUCGACAAAACCUUGCUGAUGUGCGCAUCUCAACAUACGAAGAAGCUUUGCGCAAGAUCGGCGACAACAUAACGAAUCAGAUCGAACUCCAAUCCGGACUCUUACAUGAAGCGCAGAGACAUUGGGAUGAUGCGAAAGUGGCAGGGAAUUGGCAAGAUGUGCUCAAGCGAUAUCCUCACAGUGUAAAACUGUGGUCCAGAUAUAUCGACUUCGUUCAAUCGACAUUCUCGAGGUUCAAGUAUGAAGAAUGUCGCGCUGUCUUCUCAAAUGCUCUCGAGGCACUGCGAUCGGUGAACUCGGGAGAUCAGACAGCUACAGCAGAAGCUAGGCUGCAUCUCAUUGUGCGUCUCACAACGAUGAUCCAGCAAGCUGGGUACCAGGAGCUUGCAUUGGCCAUCUGGCAAGCCGUACUCGAGUUCAGCCUGCUGGCUCCCCAGAACCUUGCCGCUGAAAAGUCAAAGCAAUUCGAAGAGUUUUGGGAGAGCGAGGCACCUCGUAUUGGCGAGACAGAUUGCAAAGGCUGGAGACAUACAUCGAUUGACGAUGCAGUGCCGCCGGUGUGUUCUAUCACGCUCGAUACAUCUGCUUCAAGGUCUUCACUCGAGGACUUUCGAAAACGUGAGCUUGACUCCAUCAACAAACUUCGGUAUCCUGGCCGCUCCACAGAUGAGGUGGGCGAAGAUGACCCAUUCCACACAGUCUUCUUCUCUGAUCUGAAGGAUUAUGUCGGUGACUUUCCUGAGCUCUCGGCGGAUACACAGAUUGAUGCAUUCUUGUGCUUCUGCGGGCUUCCUGCAAUGAUUCAGCAGAGUGAAAUUGGCCCUUGGAGGACCGAUUCGUUCUUGCAAAGCAGGACUUCUUCCUUUGAGACUGCAGCAGAGAUGGGAUCGGAAAGUCUUCAAUACGAGGAAGCACUCUCACGAUACUGUCAAAACCCAAUCGCCAGAUUCCGGAUGACAAGGGAUCUGUUGGUGCAACAGACAUUCUCACUCGACAGCUCCAGGCUCAGUCCGGAGUUCGUCAGGACCACCCUGAAGUUAUUGGUCACAAAUAUUCCAGACAGCGAGUGCGUUGGUGAGUACCUGCUAGCUUUCGAGUCAAGGCACUUUCCUUCAGACGUUACUAAAAGCGCAAAACGACUGCUCAAAGAACGACCCUCCAGCGUCCGACUCUACAACAUGUACGGGACUGCUGAAGGGCAGCGCAGUAACUCUACAAAGGCGGUUCAAAUCUUUUCUGCCGCACUCAACAUCAAAUCUGCCUCCGUAGAUCGCCUCGAACUUUUGGAGAGCUACGUUUGGCAGGCAUUACAAGACGACGACAAGGUGGAGGCUCUCCGGCGGUUGGUGCAAUACCAUGGCGGGUCAUUCUCUGAGCAGUCUGCAUCUGCCUCCAUUGAGACAGCUCGUGCCGCGUUCCAAGCCUCACUCGAAGAGGGGCUUCUGAGCCAGAACUACGCACACGCAGUCCUAAACGCUAAUCACCUUGCACUGCUCGCCUACCUAUCCGGUAAAAGCACUAUAAGCGCCGCUCUGGUAGCCCACAGCAACCUCACCGCCUGGUUCGCAUCGCACAAGCUCACCUCCUCGGUCCCCGCAGAAACCCACGCCCAGGCCAUAGCUCGUCUGCUCGCCUACCACGUCACCCACACCUCCAUCGUAAAACCCGCGCUCCUCCGUGACGCUCUCGAGCCCCUCAUCGCCACAUUCCCCGACAACACGAUCCUCCUCUCCGUGUACGCCGCAAACGAGGCGCGCUUUUCCAUCGACGACCGCCUGCGCGGUAACAUGCUGCGCGUCCUUAAUACCUCGUCGAGCUCGAGCGUCACAACCUGGGCUUUCGCGAUCCACCACGAGAGCCUGAAAGGCGAAGUCGCAGGCUCAACACACCACUCCCGCCGCGCGCUGUACAAGCGGGCUACUCACCCCGACGCCGCGGGCGCCCACUGCCCAGCGCUGUGGGAGAUGUAUCUGCGUUUCGAACUCGAGCGGUUUCGCGCCGAACAGCGUCUGCGGCCGGAUAAGCGACCACGCAGGGAUGGAAAGAAGAAUAAGUUCGAGAUAGGGGUUGAGGAAGCGCGUGAACGGGUCCGGGAGACGUUCUACCGCGGACUGAAGGCGCUGCCGUGGUGUAAGGAUUUCGUGAUGCUGGCUUUUGGGGAGGCGGGAGAGGUGUUCGGGGAUGAGGAGUUGGGGCGGUUGUAUGGGGUUAUGGUGGAGAAGGAGAUGAGGGUGUAUGUUGAGAUGGAUGGGCUGGGGGCUUGAGGUUGAUGGUGGGUACGUAGUCUGCGACUCGAGAAUCGUACCGCAAUACGUGGAUGUCGCGAUGUUAGUACUAGACGUCACUAUGGACGGUGAUAUCUCCCAGUGUCGAAUGGCAGGAGCUAUCCGGUGCUACUAGCGCGGUCUAGUGCGAUGAUCUUGCGGCAGGUGGGGUGACUUCACGUCUCUUAUGAGUCGUUGCAUCUUGUUUAUCGGCGACAAACAGUUGAUUAGGGUUCUCGGCGUACGAUCUUCACCUGUGUUUGAUCUUCGCGAGUACUCACUCGAUGCACAAUGCAAGAGCUGGGGUGAUAGUUGAUCCAUUUAUCAGUGC